AUGUCCGAAAAAAUAAAGAAUAUACCUGAACAGAAACUUAAAGCCUUUACAAUAGGCACUAUGGGAAAAAGAAGCCUUUCGAAACGAGAACUUGAAGAGCAGCGUAAAAGAGAGGAAGAAAAAGCUGCAGCACACGUGUUUCAAGAGUUUGUAGAAACUUUUCAGGAGGCUCCUAUUAAUGGAAGCAGCAAAGUGUGGGUAAAAGCAGGAACUUAUGAUGCUGGAGCAAGAAAGGAAGAUACUAAAGACAAAGGGAAGCUGUAUAAACCUACAUCAAGGAUACAGCCUAAAGAUGAAAAUGUAUCUUCUGCUGAAAAGGCACAAGCUUAUGCAAAAUUGCUUGGUAAUGAUAAAAAGCCAGAUAGAUUGGGAAAAAAGAAACCUGUUAAAAGUAAUUUAGAAACCUUUAUGGAAGAGCUGAAACAAAUACAAGAGGAGAGAGAAGAAAGGCAUAAAUUUAAAACUCAUGUUAAGACUCCAAUAGAAUCAGAAUUAGACUUAUUUAUGAGAUGUGGUGAUAUAGGAUCCUUUGAUAAUGGUGACCCAAAUACUACUAAUUUGUAUUUAGGAAAUCUUAACCCUAAGAUAACAGAGCCCCAGUUAAUGGAAAUUUUUGGCAGAUAUGGACCACUGGCCAGCAUCAAGAUAAUGUGGCCUAGAUCUGAUGAGGAAAAAGCUCGAGGAAGAAACUGUGGUUUUGUCGCUUACAUGUCCAGGAAGGAUGGGGAACGUGCUUUAAGAAAUUUAAAUGGCAAAGGUGUUGUUGGAUAUGAAAUGAAAAUGGGCUGGGGCAAGGCUGUAGUAAUACCACCUCAUCCAAUCUAUAUCCCUCCUAUUUUAAUGGAUGUUAGCCAGCCUCCCCCACCUUCAGGUCUUCCAUUCAAUGCUCAACCUGCAAUAGAAGAUAGGGACGUCCUUCCAAAGUCUGAUGAAGAAUUAGAGUUGAUAUUAAGAAGAGCUACCAUAAAAGUUGUUAUACCUAGUGAUAAAACUCUCCUUGUUUUGAUUCAUAGAAUGGUUGAAUUUGUUGUAAGGGAAGGGCCAAUGUUUGAGGCUAUGAUUAUGAAUAGAGAGUUACAUAAUCCACAGUUUAGGUUUUUGUUUGAGAAUCAAAGUCCUGCACAUAUAUACUAUAGGUGGAAGGUAUAUUCAAUUUUAAAUGGUGAUUCACAGAAAGAGUGGAAAACAAAAGAAUUUAGAAUGUUUAGAGAUGGAUCUGUGUGGAAACCUCCUGUAAUGACUUCCUACACUGCAGGGAUGCCUGAUGAUCUUGUGAUUGAUGAUGAUAUUAAAGACACAUCUAAAGGAGCCCUAUCUAAAUCGCAAAGAGAUCGAUUAGAAGACCUUCUUAGAAACUUAACUCCUGAGAAGAAAAAAAUAGCUGAAGUUAUGGUUUACUGUAUCGAUCAUGCAGAAGCGGCGGAUGAAAUAAGUGAUUGCAUUACUGAGUCACUGUCAAAUGAGUCAACAUUAAUAACUAAGAAGAUAGCCAGACUGUAUUUAGUGUCAGAUAUUUUAAACAAUUGUGGUGUGAAAGUAAAUAAGGCCUCAAAUUACCGGAAAUCCUUACAAGCCAAGCUAGUAGAUGUCAUUAAAGAAAUUAAGAAAACAUUUGAUAGCCUUGAAAGCCGGCUUCAAGCUGAAGGCUUUAAAGUUAGAGUUUUAAGAGUGCUGAAAUCUUGGGAAGAUACAGGAAUUUAUACUUCUGAUUUUAUGAGCAAGCUACACAAUAUAUUCUUGGGUUUAGAAGAUGGAACAAAAUCUCCCGAAAAAGAGGAGGACAUUGAUGGAAAUCCCCUGGAUAAGAAUUCAGAUGAGGAAGGCGCUUUGUUGGAUGGUGCAGCUUUGCUAAAAACAGCCAUGAUGCAGUAUAACAGUUCAUCUGAAGUUGAUGAAGACAUUGAUGGAGAAGAGAUUAAGGAUGAUGACGCCAACAAAUCACUUUCCAGUGUAGGUUUCAUCAAGUCCAAAUGGGAAACCGUUGAUCCUGAUCAGAUAGAAGCCCAAGCAAUGACUACCAGCAAAUGGGAUUUGUUAGAAAAUACACAGGAGUUAAGCCAGGAUGGUAGUAGCAACCUAAAUAAUGAGGAUUCUUCAGUAGAUUACAGUGAUACACGAAAUAUGACAGAGGAGAAACGUUUAAAACUAAGGGAGAUUGAAGUAAAAGCUGUUCAAUAUCAGGACGAAUUAGAAUCUGGUGAAAGAGCGCUAAAAAGUGGUUGGACUGUGACUCAACAGGUCGAGCAUUACCGUCGAAAAUUGCUGAAGAAGUCGGAGAAAGAAUCGAAAAAAGAAUCAAAAGGUGAGAAGACUCCCAAAGCAGAGAAACACAAAAGAGACUAUGACAAAAGCGAACGUCGACUGGAGGAGAUAUCUGAUGAAGAAUAUUACAAGGAACAUACCUCUAGAAAAAGUAAAAAACAUGCUCGCAGUUCGUCAAGUGGUUCGACGUCAAGACACAGGUCAAAAAGCAGGACCCCUACAAGGAAGCGCAGCUCGAGGCAGGCCAGUCCACCGACGCCGCGGGUUUCGCGACGCCAUUCCCCCCCUUCCUCUCGAUCCUCACGCAAACGUAAAGACUCCAACUCCCCAAUCAGUUCCACCAGUAAAUAUUCCCCUCCCCACAGUACUAGCCGACACAGUAGGUAUUCCCCAUCGCCCAUUAGAUCGUCUAAGCAUAGUAGGAAAGCGUCCGCAUCGCCCAAAAGAAGAAGCAGGAGUAAUUCCAGAACUCGGUACUAUUCGCCUGACUCUACCAGUUCCAAUUCGAGAAAGCACAGACACAAACAUAAAUAUUAGCGGUUAGAAUACCCUGGGGUAGUUGUGGGUAUCCCAGAUUCGCAUGGCAUACUGGCAAGUUCAGAAUCUGACUAACACUAUUAGGGUACCCAGUUCUGAUUCAAGUACAAGUUUUUAGAGGUCACAUGUAAAUAAAUAACUGAUAUACAAGUGUCGAAAGAAUAGGGACGAAUAUGGUUAGAUACUUUAUAUUGUAAUUUUAUUUUAUUUUCUCUUCUAUUUUUUGAUUGCUGCUAUCAGACAAUCCAGCCACCUUUUAUCUAAAUUUAUUCGACCUUUUUGCUGAUUUUUUAUUAUAUACUUAUUUUGUAUAUACCAAUUCAGUUUACUUUUGUAUAAAGGCUUUACUAUGUGUAUAUAAAUACUUAAAACUAAGUUGUAAUCUUAUAUGUUCUUUCAGAAAUGAUUGUCUUUUGUUAAUAAAAGAAUGUCUAGGCGAAA